CAACAAUCAGAUCAAGCAACCUGCAGAAUCAUUACCCCAAGGGUUAUCUAUCAAACAUUAUCCUGGCCUUCAUAUCUUUAUAGAUAACCCUUGCAUAUAUAUUUCAAUAAAAAAAAAAAUGGCCAACAAUAAUAAAGCCACGCUUGGCUUAUCUCUCCUAGCCCUUUUCUUGGUAGUUGCCGCCGUCUCCGUCGCCGUGCUCGUUACCCAGAAGGAAGAAAGUCCCGCCGACCACCACGGCCACCACGCCGCCGCCGGUAAUAAAAAUAUUGGUUCGUCCGCCAAAGCCGUGGAGGCGGUGUGCAAGCCGACUUUUCAUAGGGAAACGUGCACGAAGAAGCUCUCCGCCGCCACUAACAGCACCGACACGAAGGAGCUCGUGGAGGUGGCGUUUAAUGUUACGAUGAAAGAGAUUUCCGAGGUUAUGAAGAAGUCCAAGACUCUCCAGGCCGCCGCCAAGGACCCCAGGACCUCUGAAGCUUUCAAGGUCUGCCAGGGGCUUUUGGAGGACUCCAUUGAUGACAUUAAACGCGCCUUGGAUAGAAUGGUGGACUACACUGCUGCCGCCUCUAAUAUUGACCUUUACAUGAAUGAUAUUAAGGUAUGGUUGAGCGGGGCGUUGACGUUCGAGAGCACAUGUCUAGAAGGAUUCCUCGGCACGGAAGGCGACAGUGCGGAUAAAAUGAAACAGCUUUUGGUGACAGCUCAACAGCUGACCGGCAAUACCCUGGAAAUGGUGGACGAAAUCCAUGACAUUUUGGUCUCUCUCGACAUGGCAGGUUUGAACCGGAAACUCCUAACCGACUCCGCGAGUUUCCCGGCGUGGGCAACCGCCGCCCAGCGCGGCCUCCUUGAGUCAAAGGCUGCGUUGACCGCUGACGUGGUGGUUGCCAAGGACGGAUCCGGGAAGUACAAGACAAUCAAUGAAGCCAUCCCAGAUAUCCCUCUGAAAAGCAAUAAAACUUUCGUUAUCCACAUCAAGGCCGGCGUUUAUGAAGAAAACGUCGUGAUUACGAAGAAAAUGAGGAACGUGGUUUUCCUCGGAGACGGGCCCACCAAGACGGUUAUCUCCGGGAGCAGAAGCUAUGUCGGCGGGUACCAAACGAGCGAGACCGGGACGGUUAUAGUGAAGGGCGACGGGUUUAUGGGGAAGAAUCUUGGAAUUGAGAACACCGCCGGGCCGGGAAAUCAUCAGGCCGUGGCUCUCCGGGUCCAAUCCGAUAAGGCCAUUUUCUAUAACUGCCAAAUCGACGCCUACCAAGACACGCUUUAUGUCCACGCCCACCGCCAAUUCUUCCGGGACUGCACCGUCACCGGAACCAUCGACUUCAUCUUCGGAAACGCCGCCGCCGUUUUCCAAUCUUGCAAGCUGAUCAUCAGGAAACCGCUGGUCACCAACGGGAAAGGCCAAUCUUGUAUGGUGACAGCCCAGGGGAGGUCCCAAUCCGACGAGCCGACCGGAAUCGCGAUCUUGAACUCCGUCAUCAGCGCCGCCCCGGAAUACCUAAGCGCCCCGACCCCGAUCGUUUCCUUCCUCGGACGCCCGUGGAGACAAUUCGCAAGAACGGUGAUCAUCAACACCAAAAUCGACGCCCCCAUCGCGCCGGAGGGGUGGUCGCCGUUCCAGGGGACUUGGGGCCUGGAAGAUUGUUGGUAUGGAGAGUUCGGCAACACCGGAAAGGGUGCGGAUGUGAGCAAGAGAGCCAAAUGGGGUGGAAUUAAAGGGGUGAUCACUAAAGCGCAGGCUGAUGAAUUUGCUCCGGGGAAAUUUAUUCUGGGAGAUACUUGGAUCCCUGCUAGUGGUGUUCCUUAUUCUGCUAAAUAAGCUAGCAUAACUAGCUUAUUAUGACCCCCCCAAAAAAAAAUUGAAACUGCAGGGGCCCUUCAAGAUUAUGAAAUUGAAAUGUAAUUGUAUGAUUGCAUUUGGAUCAUAUCAAUAUACUAACUUUCUAACAA